AUUGCCGAGACAAUAACUAUCAAUAUCUAUCUCAGAUCAGUGUGUGUUAUAAAGAUUAUCUUGACAACAAGAACUGGCAAGAUGCCAAUGCAAAGUGUCAAUCAGACGGAGGGUAUCUCAUUAUGCUUGACACUGUGGAAAAACUCUCUGUGUUUCAAUCUUUAAUACCCAAACAGGAAAUGAGCGGAAUUAAAAUGCCUAGGAAACAGGACUUGGAAUUGGAAUUUCAACUUUCUAAACAAAAACAGGAACAUGAAUUACGUUUAAAAACACUUGAAUUGGAACAUGAAAAAGAAAUUUUGGAAUUACGUGUUCAGCUAGAGAAGGCCAAUUCAACACCAGGAGCACAUUCGACAGGAAUGCCAAAAAUUAAACUUCAACCAUUUAAUCAGGAAAAGGAUGACAUUUUGUGCUAUCUCUCUGAAUUUGAUGCGGUAGCUGAGCAUGCAGGUUGGACUGAGAACUCAAAGGCUUUACAGCUUAGGUCACUUUUAACCGGAGAAGCUCGAGAAGUGUCGCAGCAAGUGACUUCGGGAUACAGAGAUCUGUAUAAGGCUCUUUUGAAUCGAUUCGGCAAGCGCCCAGCAGACUACUUUCAGUUCCUGGAGGAAAUUAAAUGUAGACCAGGAGAAACUUACAGAGGAUUAAUGUCGAGAAUAGAUCUGUAUUUGAGUCGUUUCAUUGAUGAGAAAGAUCCCGUACUAAAGUUCCGAGAAGAGUAUUUCUUAAAGGCGUUAUCUCCUCAACAAGCCCAGUGGAUUAGACGGAAUAAGGGAAGUAGUGAGUUAGUUGAAGCUGCUGAGGAUUACAUUCUACCAACAAAAUCGGCCGAGGACAGAAAACUUCUAAAUCCUAAAGUGUUAGGUGAGAAGAAGAGCCAGGAACAGGGGAACUCCGGAAAACAGAAAAGUUUGGAAAAAGUGAAAUGUUUUAGCUGUGGGAACUUUGGACAUUAUGCAAACAAAUGCCCAAAGAAAGGUAAUCUAGCGUCGUGUUUCGUGAAAGGAGCAUUAUGGGGUUUACAUUAUGUUCCGGGGAAAGUGGAUGAUGUGGAAGUGUCAAUGGUCAAGGACACUGGAGCAUCUAUGACGCUAUUGCGGGAGGAUCUUGUUGAUCCAAAAUGUGUUCUACAUGGACAAACUACUUCCUUGGUUACAGCUAUUGGACAGCCAUUCGAGGCUAAGUUAGCAGUGGUUAAGCUGGAAACACCAAUGUUUAAGGGUCAUGUUCAGGUAGGUUUAGUACCUGAUCUGGUUGCAGAUGGUUUAUUGGGAAUAGAUGUUCUGGAGAGGAACAAAGUUGCAGCUGUGGUUACGAGAGCCAAAGCAAAAGAACAAGAACAAAAUGAAUUAAGUGCCAAAAAUCGCAUGAAUAAAUGUGAUGUCGUACCAAGGGACUUAAACGUCAUGGUAACUGACGAUGAGGCUGGUGAAGUGAACCUUGAUUUACCGGAAAUUUCAUUGGAAAAGUUGAGCGUGGUGAAUGGAAAUAAACUAUCGAAUCUUCAGAAACAAGACCCAACACUCAAAUAUUGUAGGGAUAAAGCAUUCAAAAAUGUAUCGCAAACUGAGACAGAACAUAAAGCGUUUUACUGGGAGAAUGACAUAUUGAAACGAAAAUGGACUUCCAAGAAAAAGAAUCUGUCGGGAACACAAGUGGUACUUCCAGCAUCGCUAAGAAAAGCAGUGAUGAAGCUGGCACAUGAUCAGCCAAUAGCUGGACAUUUAGGAACUGAGAAGACCAAACAACGUAUUCUUGCGUCAUUUUAUUGGCCUGGAUUGUUCCAAGAUGUGUCGGACUACUGUGCAGAAUAUGACACCUGUCAAAAAGUGGCAAAAAGAAGUGCGGAAAGAGCUCCUAUGGUCAACACACCUAUCAUAACUGAUCCGUUUUCAAAGAUCGCAAUGGACAUCGUUGGCCCACUCAAUAGGACAACUCAAGGUAACAAAUACAUUCUGACUGUCAUUGAUGAAGCUACGAGAUACCCAGAAGCUUUUGCUUUACCAAGUUGUGAAGCUAAACGAAUAGCCGACACUCUCAUUACAUUAUUUAGUCGAGUUGGAAUUCCUAAAACUAUUUUCACUGACCAAGGAUCAAAUUUCACGAGUGCGCUCCUGAAAGAUUUAUAUGAGAAAAUCAAAAUCAAGGGAAUAACUACAACGCCUUAUCACCCGCAGGCAAAUGGCAAAGUUGAAAGAUUUAAUGGAACGUUAAAAUCAAUGUUGAAAAAGUUGUGUAUGGAGAAUGGCAAAGAUUGGGAUGUACUACUCCCCUAUGUACUUUUCGCGUACAGAGAAGUCCCGCAUGAGGAGACUGGUUUUUCACCAUUUGACCUGUUGUACGGAUGGCCAGUACGUGGUCCUCUUAGUGUUUUAAAGAGCUUCAUGACUGGUGAGGAGGAAAUAAAAACAUCAGAGAUAGAUCAUGUCGUCAACAUCCGAAACAAACUGGCUGAUGUGACACAACUCGUGCAAAACAACUUUGAAAUGAGGCAGUCGAAGAUCAAAGAUUGGUAUGAUCGCUCAGCAUCCAAAAGGACUUUGCGCCCUGGUGAUGAAGUACUCGUUCUACUCCCGACCGAACCUGGCAAGAUGUCCGCUCAGUGGAAAGGACCAUUUCGUGUGGUUAACAAGGUAAAUGAUGUUAACUAUAAAAUCAAUGUUGGAGGACGACGUGGACUUGUUACCUACCAUAUCAAUUUACUUCGUCCUUAUAACCGGGCUACAUUACUGGCAGCAACAGAAAAUGAAAUUGGAAUUGAACAGCAAUUUCCUAACGACACCACAGAAACCAUUUCAGAUCUUGUCUUUGGACAUGGGCUGACUCAAGUGCAGAGACAGAGUUUAAGGGAUGUUUGUCAGAAAUUUUCAAGAAUUUUCACAUCAAAGCCGGGAAAGUGUGAUGUUAUCUCACAUACAAUCAAAACAACGUCUGAGAAUCCAAUUACUCAGAGACCUUACAGGAUACCGGAAGCUAAGAAACCGGAAGUUAAGGAACCUUUGAAUGAAAUGUUAGAACAAGGACUUAUUACACCAUCCAAAAGUCCGUGGGCCUCACCAAUUGUCCUUGUCAACAAGCCUGAUGGGACAAUUAGAAUUUGUGUUGAUUACAGAAAACUGAAUGAAAUAACUCUCACAGAUCCUUAUCCCAUUCCACGCAUGAGUGAAAUAUUUGAGAAAAUUGGAAGUGCAAAAUAUUUGAGUAGAUUUGAUCUUACAAAAGGCUACUGGCAAGUUCCGCUGGCAAAGGAAACACGCGAGAAAUCCGCCUUCAUCACCCCAUUGGGCCUUUUCGAGUUUACAGUGAUGCCGUUUGGUAUGAAGACGUCUCCAGCAUCAUUCAUAAGACUUAUGGAUCGUAUUUUAGAUGGAACUCAAAAUACUGUUGCGUACUUUGAUGACAUAAUUGUCUACAGUCAGACGUGGGAAGACCAUAUCAAACAUGUAACAGAACUACUUCAGCGUAUUCAUGAGGCCAAUCUUACCAUCAGACCAUCAAAAUGUAAGUUGGGAGCAACAGAAAUCAUCUGUUUAGGACACAUAGUUGGUGGAGGGACAAUUAGACCAGACCCUAGGAAAUUGAAGGCCAUGGAGGAUUUUCCACUUCCCUUGACAAAGAAGGAAUUAAGAUCAUUCUUGGGAUUAACUGGAUACUAUCGCCAGUAUAUAGGAAAUUAUGCGGACAUAACUGUACCACUGACUGAUCUACUGAGAAAAGGUCAACCCGCAGAAUUAAAAUGGACGGAGAGGGAAGUGCAGUCAUUCAAGAAACUGAAGGAGGCCCUGAUGACAGCUCCUGUUUUGGUCAAUCCUAACUUCAAUUUACCGUUUGUACUACAAACAGAUGCGAGUAAUAACGCAAUUGGGGCUGUCCUGAGCCAGCAGAUGCCAGAUGGUGAUCACCCAGUUGCUUACCUUAGUAAGAAGUUACUUCCAAGGGAAAAGAACUAUUCAACCAUAGAGAAGGAAUUACUGGCCAUCGUUUGGGCCAUUGGAUCGUUCUCGUAUUACCUAGAGGGGAGGAAGUUUUACGUAGAAACAGAUCACAAUCCACUAAUAUGGUUGCAUUGCUUGAAGAAUAAAAAUCAGAGACUUUUACUGUAUUAUUGGAUUGGGUUGGAGGACAUUGACCAAGAUGGUACAUGGAUCUGGACCAAACACAGAAGCAAAGAAUAUAAUCAAAGCCUUUGGUUCCCUGGAGAGCCAAAUGGAAAUGAAUUCUGUGGAAUGGUGCAAUACUUGAAAUCAGACCUCAGA